GACAAGCCAUCGCGCAUCUCCCCUCCCGCGCCCAUCUUGCCAUCUCAUCACGUGCAGCCGCGCCGCACUCCUUCACCACCACCAUCUAAAACUUAGCGAGAACCCGCCGCCAUGGCCGCACCGCCGCAGCUCGUCGUCGCCAGCCCGACCAAGGAGGAAGCUAUCUCGGGCGUCAUCUCUCACAACGGCAUCCUGCCCGGCCGGUUAGGCGAGCUGUACAAUGCCUUCCAGGAGCGGAGAGAGGCACUCGGGCUGUCCAACCCGGGCACCGUCGAGGGCAUUGCGCGCGAGGUGCAGCGCGACGUCUUCCUGAACAACGCCAGCUUCUCGGGUCUGCGCGCCGAGCUCACCAAGGCCUUCAGCGCCGCGCCGCUCUUCCAGGUCGCGCACUCGCUGUCCAUGGGCUCGCAGGUCCAGCCGCCCUACUCGUACAUGGUCCUCUACGGAUCGCCGAGGACGUUCAUGCAGGGCAACCUCGACAACGAGAUGCAGUUCUCCGGCCGCUUCAACUGGCGAUGGACCUCGGCAUUCGUCUCCAAGACCGCCGUCCAGCUCACAUCGCAGGGCAACAUGGUCUCGCUCGAGAACGACUACACCGGCUCCGACUUCUCGGCCUCGCUCAAGGCCGUCAACCCCUCGGUUCUCGACGGCGGCAUCACCGGCAUGAUCAUGGCCAGCUACCUGCAGGCUGUCACACCAAAGCUGUCGCUCGGUAUCGAUGCCUUCUGGAGCCGUCCUGCUUCUGCCUACCCUCCUGAGCUCAACGUCUCGUACGCUGCACGCUACAGGGCCGCCGACUGGAUGGCCUGCGGACAGAUCAUCCCCGACCGCGGCGUGCUGGAGGCUUCCUACUGGCGCAGGCUGACCGAGAAGGUUGAGACCGGUAUCAACUGCAACCUCGCCUUCGCUGGAAUUGGUCCUGGUGGCCCCAUGGCUGGUCCUCAGAAGGAGGGCCAGGUCACGAUUGGUGCCAAGUACGACUUCCGCACGACUUCGUUCAGGGCGCAAAUCGACAACAAGGGCACAGUUGGCUGCUUGUUGGAGAAGAUGAUCGCACCUCCCAUCCGCAUCACCUUCUCUGGUGAGAUCGACCACAAGACAAGCGCCGCCAAGCUUGGUCUUGCUGUCGCGAUAGAAGCCGCCGACGAGGCUGUCAUGGAGCAGCAAGAAAUCCCGGGCGCCGCCGCUCAAGCUGGCGCCAUCCCCUUCUAAACGACUCUCCCCACACAAACACGAUCGCAUUGUACCGACUAUAAUCCCAUAAAUCUUCACUUGGCUGUAUUACCACCUUUCUUGGAGCGAGCAAGCGACGCACGUUUUCUCCUGUCCCACGAUAUCCGGUGGUCGGUGGGGUUGGAUCUAGGACUUCAUCAGCACGUUUGGACGUUUCUAAAAGGCGCAUUUAUGGCAUGUAAUGUGGACUGGUGACGGAGAGCAGCUAGACCGAGGUGGAAGUGACAUGUCAUGGUAGUUGAGCGCAGAACGCGAGUGUUGUCUGCGCGCUGUAUAUGUAGAGCAUGUGGCAUAAAGGACCUGUAUAACGCAUGUACUGAAAUCCA